AUGACGUUAACCGUUAACGAUAAUGUGGCUGCACUAUACAAUCUGUAUGCAAUAGUGGUGCACAGCGGGAAUUGUAUGGAAGUCGGGCAUUAUUUUUCUUAUGUUAAUCCCAGUGGGUCACAAUGGUUUUGCAUGAAUGACUGUCAGGUCAGCCGUGCGGAUAAGCAAGAGGUAUUCAGUGCGGAGGCGUAUUUAUUGUUUUAUAUGCGCAUGCCUAAUGAUCCACCGAUCAACAGCCAGCAGCUGAGUACGUUGGUGCGUGCGUCGGGUGGGCUGCUACCGGUCAUCGAGUCGCAGAAAUCUCCCACCGGACCGCAGUUGGAAAACUGUCCCAGCGGUGAAUUGGCCUGCGAGGAAUUGGCCAGCGAGGAACUGGCCUUUUCCAGCGCCGAUGAUCCCGCGUCCGCCAGUACUAAUCUCAAAGGAAACACCAGUGAUGCACCUUCCCUCUCCCCAUCACCUUCCACCAUCGCUCGGAGUUCCGCGCAGUGCGGGACUCCACUGUUAACGCCGCGUGUGUUAACGUUUGAUUCGUCUCCACCGCCACAGAAACUCCCACAACCGUCCCAAUCCGGCAAAUCUCUCGUUCCGUACACGGAAGACGACGAGGACGUUACUCCGACACCUCUUCCGGCGUCCGGUAAGAGUUCCGCGUCAACCACGUCCUCCGAGAGCACCAAAGAAACCCCGGUAUCCGCGAAGGGCGUCACUCCGGCCAAGGAGACUACGACGCUGCGGCCAAAAGUGUACAGCCCGCCGGUGGCGCGUGCGGAGCAGCUUCCACCGAAGUCCUCCACCAUCAGCUCCCCUUCACCAUCCAGUGCGACUAGUGUCGCAAAAAGAGUUUUGGCGGCUCUGCGACUGGAAGUGGAGGGCGUGUCCGUGACCAAGGAGGUCCUGCAGCGCGUGGAGGAGAUGGAGCGACUCCUGCGGGAGUUUGUAAAGCGGACGAUGGACGAUCAGGUGGUGCCGGCCGUAGGUUGUCCGGACAGUGAGCCUGACAAACGCGAGCGAAAUUCGUCGGGCAGCAUCAACUCGUCUGUGACUUCCAGUACGGGAAUGGUGUGGGUGGAGAAAGACAAAGCAAGCGAUGGUGUGACUGGUGUCCGAGUCGCUGCGAUCCCAGCCGGAAACGAGACGCAACGCGAGGGCGUCUGCGGGAGUGGUCCGGUGUCGUUGCAUUUGGACGAAGUCAUGGGUGUGUUGGACGUCCACAUCAAGACCCCCGAGCGGAAAGACAACCCCGCCGCCGAUGCCAACGGCGAGCAGCCUGCUCCCAUCGUGGAAACCGCCGUCGAAGUGACCAAAGCGGCCAUCAGCGUCGCCGGCCGCCCGGAGGACCGCGAAGCCAUCCCCAGCCCGGCGCAUCAGAGCGAUGUCAUUGGGAUCGGCGGCCAGCGCCGCAAUGUGGAUGAAGCCAACGAAAAGCUGGCGGCGCGCGUCAAGGAGCUGGAGAGGUUGGAGAAACAGCGGGCGGGGCACAACUACCCCGCAGGGGUGCGCGUGGACAUCACGCACCAUUUGCAGAUCAGCGGCCAGCACGGCGGGAACAUCCGCAAGCUGCGCAACGAGUUUCAAGUGGAGAUACAGUUCCCGCAAGACGCCGCUGCCAGCGCGGACGCCGACAAGACCGUCACCAGCGGCCUGGAGUCGCAGGCGCCCGCGGCGCGCGACAAGGGCCAAGCCCGCACUGAAUCCGAGAAGCGCAAGUCGCGCGUGGAGGUGCCGCUGGACAGCCGCAUCCAGUUGGGCGACGUGGUGGCGCACGAGACAUUCCGCGCCUACCACGCCCCGGCCCCCGCCGCCCAGCGCCAGAUAGCCCGCGAGAACGGCUCAGCCACGGCCGGUGAGUUCGUGGUGAAGGGCGCGCCCUGCGAGCGAAACCUAAAGGUAUUUCCCACGAUGAAGCGCGGCAACUCUAUCCCCGACGCAUCCGCCGCCCACACCAGCGGCGAGACGUUGGCGCCCACCCAGAAGACCAGCGGCAAAGCCCCCGCGGAAGUUGUCCCCGGCAGCCCGGAAGAGUGCGAGAUGGCCAAACAGGCGCUCCUGCUGGGCGAACGAGGAAAAGGAGAUGCGCGAGUGUCGCGCAAGAAGAUGCAGACACGCGGCGUGGUGAAGAAGACUGAUGCAAAGGUAACUUCCCUUCGCCCCGUUCAACCGGGCAAGGAAGCGGUGCCUCCGAAAGCUCAGCGCGGAGGCGAUAUUCUAACGCUACGAAGGUACGAAUAUUUGCGGGACUCCGGGAAAGACAAUAAGUGGCAUUGUCGUAAGGAGCGUCUCUGUGUGGCCCGGCUGGACAUGAGCACCGGGGUGCCUAACCUGUACCGUCCCCACAAUCACGAUCCCGUGGUGCCAGAUGACCAGCAGCAGCAGCGCCUGGAGCCUACGGCGCACACGGAGGAGUCCCCGGCGCCCGUCACCGUGGUGGAGACGGAGGAGAACGAGCAGCGGACACGGGACGAGCCGAAGAAGGCGGCCAAGAGGGACUAUGCCCGAGAUAAAAAGGGGCGAUUUGCGAAGAAGGACAAGUAGGAGCGGUAGCGCGCUUCUGUCUUGGAUACCGUGGAGAGAGCGGAAAUGCUUAAGGCGAGAGUGAAAAUCCGUCUGUGGGUUGCAUCAGUUGGAAGGCACGCCGCAGUGGAUUAGUAAUCGUCGCGGACUCGCCAAGUGAUUCAUGACAAUUGUCUUGACGUCUUUCGCACAAUUCGAUCAGUAUUUUCGUCAUCUGGAAUGUGCCAACUGUCCAGUUCGUUGCAUAUUUUCCUGGGAUUCUCAGACAGAAGUGGUAUGGUGUUGAAACGCGUUUGAACGUGAAACCCGCGAUCCAGUCAGCUGACUGGAGCUCGUAUGGAGCCAUAGCUCAUCGCAUUCCAGUUAUUCGUCUUACUUCUUGUAUCUUGCUUGCCCUGCCAGUGCGUGAUUGGAAGAGAGGAGAUUUGUGACGGUGUCUGUUUGUGAUAAGGGGAGUGAUCGGAAGAGAGGAUGGCGGUGGCUGAAGUGGUUCAAGAGGGCCUGUCGCAUCUGGGUCGCAGCAGCCUGAGCAGCGGGAGUCUGCUGCGCUACACUGCUACAGCCGUACAGCGUCAGCGCCGCCACGCUGACGGCGCUCAGCUACCACGUCUACCGCGAGUACAACACCAAGAAGACCACGGGCCAGUCCUGGAAGGAGCUGGCCAGCGAGCGACAGCGCAACGC